AUGCCAAAAUUCUUGAGUAGAUUCAAUCCAACUGGUGCUGAAUUGAUUCCACAAAAUAUCUUGUUUAAUGAAACAAGAAAUGAAACUUGGAAAGUUGAACCAAACAAGACUUAUUUGUUGAGAAUUAUCAAUAUGGGUAGAUUCUUGUCUCAUUACGUUUGGAUGGAAGAUCAUGAUAUGACCAUUGUUGAAGUUGAUGGUGUUUAUGUUGAGAAAAACACCACCGAUUUGAUUUACAUCACUGUCGCUCAAAGAUAUACUGUUUUGGUCACCACCAAGAACUCCACUGAUAAAAACUAUGCGUUCAUGCACAGACUUGACCCUGAUAUGUUGGAUACUCAACCAGAUGAUUUGCAAUUGAAUGGUACCAACACCAUCAUGUAUAAUGAGAAACUUGGUGAAGCUGAAUCCUAUGACUUGACUCAAGAUGAACUUGAUGCAUACUUUGAUGAUUUCUACCUUGUACCAUUGUCAAAAGAGAAACUUUAUGAUGAUGCUGAUUACACUGUUACUAUUCAAGUUCAAAUGGAUAACUUGGGUGAUGGUAUCAACUAUGCUUUCUUCAACAACAUCACCUACACUAAGCCAAGGGUGCCAACUUUACUCACUGUCUUGUCAGCCGGUGAUGAAGCUAGUAAUGAAUUGGUUUACGGUACAAACACAAACACAUUUGUCUUACAAAAGGAUGACGUCGUUGAUAUUGUGCUCAACAACUUGGAUACUGGUAAACAUCCAUUCCACUUGCACGGUCACGUUUUCCAAUUGAUUGAAAGACAUGAAGCUAUUGAUGACGAUGAUGAUCCAGUUGCCUACAAUGCAAGCGACCAUGCUGAAUGGCCAGAAUACCCAAUGAUGAGAGACACUGUAUUCUUGCAACCACAGUCAUACAUGGUUUUGCGUUUCAAGGCUGAUAAUCCAGGUGUUUGGCUUUUCCACUGUCACAUUGAAUGGCAUUUGGAUCAAGGUUUGGCUAUUCAAUUGGUUGAGGACCCAGCCGGAAUCCAAAAUAACGCAACUCAACAAAUUACAGACAACCACAAGGAAAUUUGUGAAAAAGUUGGUGUUCCUUGGAAAGGUAAUGCUGCUGGUAAUGAUGUUCAUUUGUUAGAUUUAACCGGUGAAAACGUCCAACACAAGAGAUUACCUACCGGAUUUACUGCUAGAGGUAUUGUUGCCUUGGUGUUUUCAUGUAUUGCCGGAGUAGUUGGUUUGGCUGCUAUUGCCUUUUACGGUAUGCAAGAUAUUAGCGAUGUUGAAGAAAGAGUUGCAAGAGACUUGGAUGUUGAUUUGGAUGAUGAAGAUGAUAGCGGUGCUGAAAUUGUUAGACAAACUUCUUCAACUGAAGGAUCCUCAACUCAUAAACAUUAA